AUUGGGACCCAAUUUCCUACUUCAACGGUGGUUUCUGUUUUGUUCUGUUCCUUCCCGAACUUUGACAUUCAAAACUAAACUAUAUAUUCACUUUUUGUUCGUUAAAUUUUUCCAAAUUUUCAGACACACUUUAAAUCUUUCUUCAGACAGUUGAAAUCUUUUUCAGACAGUGAAUUUUGGGUCUUCUUGUUGGUUCAUUGUACUUGUAAUAAGGGGAGAUGUUCGGGUGCGUUUUCUAAUUUGUCGACUCCAAAUUUUACGUAAAGAAAAAGUACUUGUAAUAACCAACUCUCGAGAGAUUAUCUGGGUUCUGAAAAAGUUUCAAUCUUUGAAACCAAGUUCAAGAUUUGAAGUCAAGGAUGCAUUUCUUACUUAGAGCAAUGCAUAAUGCUUGGCAGCCUUAGAAAAUAGAGGCUUUGUAAAUAUGGAUCUCCGAGAAGAUAGCUCUAGGUUUGGUUCUGCGGCGAUAACAACUCUUAGGAAUAUGUCGUCGUCAUCUUCAGCAUUCUUUUCAGCAAAUCAGUCGCCUUUCUUCUCCCCGAGAUCAUCAACCUGUCAGAUUUCUGAAUCAACAAGGUCGGAUGCGCAAUGUGACAGUAUUCAUUUGUGCAGUUCAGGAAAUACAGAACUUACAUCUUCAGCAAAUGUGAGAAAUGUCUUGCCAGACACGCCGAGAGAUCCAGUUGCUGAAACCGGUAUAGAUUUCCAGAACUUUGAUAGAAUGUUUUCCCCAACUGGAAUUUCAAACAGCUCGCCAUAUAGUUACAAUGAUUCUCAUGAUAUCGGUUAUUCUGGGUUCAAAGAGAAGCAAAGAAAACACGGAAGAAGCCACGGUGCGUCAUCUACACCGGUGUCAGUUUCCCUACCGUCUUACAGACUGAGGAGCUGCGAUGUCUUCAUAGGCUUGCAUGGGCGAAAACCUUCUUUGCUGAGGUUUGCUAAUUGGCUUCGUGCUGAAUUAGAGGUUCAAGGAAUGAGUUGUUUUAUAUCAGACAGAUCAAGAUGUAGGAGUUCACGGAAACAUGGCAUAGUUGAGAGGGCAAUGGAUGUUUCGUCUUUUGGCAUUGUUAUUCUAACGAAGAAAUCCUUUAGGGACCCAUAUACUAUUGAGGAACUGCGAUAUUUUGCGAGCAAGAAGAAUUUGGUCCCGGUAUUCUUUGAUUUGAGUCCAGAUGACUGUCUAGUCAGAGACAUAGUUGAGAAUCGGGGAGAGUUAUGGGAAAAACACGGAGGCGAACUAUGGCUUUUGUAUGGCGGGUUAGAAAAUGAGUGGAAGGAAGCUGUUAACAGCCUUUCUCGGGUUGAUGAAUGGAAAUUGGAAGCUCAGGAUGGUAACUGGAGAGAUUGCAUACUGAGGGCCGUCACACUUCUGGCGAUGAGAUUGGGAAGGAGAAGUAUUGUAGAACGGGUGACUAAGUGGAGAGAAAAAGUCGAUAAAGAAGAGUUCCCAUUUCCUCGAAAUGAAAACUUCAUUGGCAGGAAGAAAGAAUUGUCUGAACUAGAGUUUAUACUUUUUGGCGACGUCAGCGGAGACACAGAACGAGAUUAUUUUGAACUUAAGGCAAGACCGAGGAGAAAGAAUUUGACGAUUGGAUGGAGUAAGAGUUGUUCAACAGAGGAAAAACGGAGGGAACGGAAAUCAGAGAAUAGAGCCAAGAAGGGGAAAGAACCAGUUGUAUGGAAGGAAUCUGAAAAGGAGAUUGAGAUGCAAAGUGCCGAAAUUUCUAAUAAGCAGCAGCAAGUAAAGCCGAAAGGUAUCGGACGUUAUGUGAAGAGAAAAAGAUCAACAAAAAUCGUAUACGGGAAGGGGAUUGCUUGUGUGUCGGGAGAGUCAGGAAUCGGAAAGACCGAGCUUCUCCUGGAAUUUGCCUACAGAUAUCACCAGCGGUACAAGAUGGUUCUGUGGAUUGGAGGGGAAAGCAAGUAUAUUCGACAGAAUUAUUUGAAUCUCUGUUCAUUCUUAGAAGUUGAUGUGGGAGUUCAGAAUAGUCUCGGAAAAAGCAGGAUAAGAAACUUUGAGGAACAAGAAGAGGAAGCCGUUUCUAGAGUUCGCAAAGAACUCAUGAGAAACAUACCAUUUUUGGUGGUAAUAGAUAACUUGGAUAGUGAAAAGGAUUGGUGGGAUCAAAAACUCGUUAUGGAUCUUCUUCCCCGGUUCGGUGGAGAGACCCAUGUCGUCAUUUCUACACAGCUCCCUCGUGUCAUGAACCUCGAACCGUUGAAGCUUUCUUACUUGUCGGGUGUGGAGGCAAUGUGCUUGAUGCAAGGCAAUGUGAAAGAUUACCCGAUUGCGGAAACUGAUGCCCUCAGGGUUAUUGAGGAGAAACUCGGAAGGCUUACUUUGGGACUUGCGAUAGUUGGAGCAAUUUUGUCGGAGCUUCCUAUAAAUCCGAGCAGGCUAUUGGACACCGUAAAUAGAAUGCCUUUAAGGGAAAUCUCAUGGAGUGGUAGAGAUGUUAAUUCAUUAACAAAAAACAAUUUUCUCUUGCAACUCUUUGAGGUAUGUUUCUCUAUAUUCGAUCAUGCUGACGGACCGAGAAGCUUGGCAACCCGGAUGGUCCAGGCUAGUGGUUGGUUUGCACCAGCUGCUAUUCCCGUUCCUCUAUUAGCCUUAGCUGCAAACAAGAUCCCCCAGAAACAUCGAGGAACUCGGCUAUGGAGAAAGCUAUUACGUUCCUUGAGCUGUACUCUUUCUUCUUCGUACUCCAAACGAUCAGAAACUGAAGCAUCUUCAAUGUUGUUGCGGUUUAAUAUUGCGAGAAAUAGUACAAAACUUGGGUAUAUCCAUGUGAAUGAGCUCGUUAAGCUGUAUAUGCGUAAAAGAGGAAUAUCAGUAGUUUCACAGGCUAUGGUUCAAGCUGUCAUUGCUCGCGGUUCUAUAUCUCAUCAUUCUGAACAUAUAUGGUCCGCAUUUUUCUUGAUUUUCGGAUUCGGUAACGACUCCAAGACUGUCGAGCUUAAGGUGACAGAACUGUUGUCGGUCGUCCGAGAAAUGGUAUUGCCGCUUGCAAUCCGGACUUUCAUUUCGUUCUCUCGAUGCAACGCUGCAUUAGAGCUGCUGCGCCUCUGCACGAAUGCUUUAGAAGCAGCGGACCAAGCGUUUGUUACCCCAGUCGACAAGUGGUUGGACAAAUCACUAUGUUGGAAGCCGAUCCAGACGAAUGCGCAGCUAAAUCCGUACCUAUGGCAGGAGCUAGCCUUGUCGAGAGCCACGGUUCUCGAAACCAGAGCAAAGCUGAUGCUAAGAGGGGGACAAUUUGACAUUGGUGAUGAUUUAAUAAGGAAAGUUAUUUUUAUUAGAACUUCAAUAUGCGGUGAUGAUCAUCCAGAAACUGUAUCUGCUCGUGAAACUCUGAGCAAACUCACUAGACUUGUUGCCAAUGUUCAAAUCUAUUCUUCACCAUAGAUUAUAUUCUUAUGUAAACUAAAAGUUGCAUUAGGAUUAUACAGAAUUUUAAAAAUAAAACUUAUGUAAACAUUCUAGAGAAAUUUUUUGAAUACCACUAGGUCGAAAUUCUUUGAUUUUGUCA